GCACCGGCGGACACUCCUUUAAAGAAAAACCGGAAACUCGGUGAUGAGGAAGAAGUUAGCGAGCUAGCUCCCAACAGCCAGUUCUUUAUAAAAAAUAAAAAAAGUUUUAUACUCGUCGUAAUUCAAGACUACAGUCCCCUCAAAUCCCUAACAAUGUCGGGAUCAUCCAGCAUCGCAGCGAUGAAGAAAAUCGUCCAACAGCUACGCCUCGAAGCCGGCUUAAACAGAGUGAAGGUGUCCCAGGCCGCAGCGGACCUGCAGCAGUUUUGCCUCCAGAACGCCCAGCAGGACCCUCUGCUCACCGGCAUGUCCUCCAGCAACAACCCGUUCAGACCGCAGAAAGUCUGCUCCUUCCUAUAGCACCGACCCACCGACCGACCGACCGACCCCUCUCUCUCUCUGGUUUGGACUUUGUGGUGCCUUGUGGAAGUUGGCUGCAGGACCUGCGCUGUGGACUGGAAUCGUCUCAGGAGUCUUUGGAAUUUAUGGACAAGCAACUAACUUAACAGUUUAUUAUUUUUAGUUUUUUUUUUUUUACUUUUGCCUUUGUAAAAAUUCACACAAACAUUUCCAGGUGCUCACGUGGCACGAUAAAUGUCUUAAACCUUCUUGCUUAGAAGUAACUAACCCAUAUCAACACACACGUGCCUUUUGAAUUGUACAUUUUUCAUUCCUGAUUUUGAGAAUAAAUAAAUGGUAUUUCCACAUUUUGAA